AGCUGUUCUGAGAAAAGUAAAGGCAAGAAAAUAGUUUAAUGUGGAUGUAUAUUACAAUUUUAAUUUUUAUGAGAACAGAUACCCACAAUCUAUUUGAACGUUAUUGGUCAAAUAUUGCAUAGCAGAGGCACAUAGCCGGGAAUUAUGUGGAAAGUGCGAGUGCCAAUGCAACGUGAUAGCAUGGAUCCGGACAGUGGGGCGGACACUCAGCGAACUCUCAGUCUGCAGUGGAAGAGCUAUAAGCUAGUACAAGACCCUGCUCUCCGACGGGUUACUCAGAAAAUCUACAGAUAUGAUGGGAUUCAUUUUAGUGUACAGGAUUCAGGAUUCCCGCCUGUGGGGGACUUGCGUGAUCCAAGACCCCGCAGAAUCUGGUCUAGACACACAGAGCUGUCGCUGCCAGUGCCCAAGUUUAAGUUGGACGAGUAUUACGUAGGUCCCAUACCACUUAAGGAAGUGACGUUUGCGAGGUUGAAUGAUAACAUCAAAGAGCCGUUCCUGGCAGAGAUGUGCGCCAAGUUUGGUGAGGUUGAGGAGAUGGAGAUUCUGUUUCAUCCCAAGACUCGGAAGCAUUUGGGCUUGGCCCGUGUCCUCUUCACCAGCACUAGAGGGGCCAAAGACACCGUCAAACACCUGCACAAUACUUCUGUCAUGGGGAACAUUGUCCACGUCCAGCUAGAUAUCAAAGGCCAACAGAGGAUGAAGUACUAUGACUUAAUAGUGAGUGGCUCAUACACCCCUCAGACAGUCCCGACUGGAGGCAAAGCCCUCACAGAGAAAUUUCAGCCCCCAGCCCCGACUCAGCCAGAUACGUCGUCUGAUAUCCGGCGGAGGCUCUCCACAGAUCAGAUGGCAGCUCCUGCUGCUCCUCUAAACUCUGGCAGCACCACCCCCUGUUCUGUGGACACUGGAUUUGCAGACCAGCGUCUAGACACCCCUCCAACCUCUCUGGGAGGAGCUUAUACGCCGGGUUCCUCUGCUUCUUCACAGGGCGGCGGCACCCCUUACACCCCUCGCUCUGGAACCCCUUUCUCCCAAGACUCGGGAUACUCUGUGGGCAGGCACAGUGGCUAUAGCAGCACUCAAAGUUAUCCCCAGCAGGAUAUGCUUCCAUCUUCCUCCUGCUCCUCUUCAGCAGUCUCCUCAUCAUCAGGAUUUAAGCCCCCUCACUUUCACGAGGACCUACACGCUCCACCUCCGCAAGAACCUUCCAUGUUCCACAGGGGACGGCCGGGAUAUCCUCCUUCUGUGCCCUUCAGACCUAAUGAACCUCCCUUUCCGUAUCCCAGUGUUGGAGGUUCAGGGAUGCACAUGCCGCUGCAUCCACCCAUGCCACCUCCGGGGCCUCAGUUUGAGCCACCACCACUGUCCGACAGAGAUAGAGAAAGAGAAAGGGGACACAGGGAUCGGGAGAGAGACUCAGGAGGGCGCUAUGGAGGCGGGAUAAGCUCCAGACGGUCCUCUUACCACUACCAACAGGAAACAAACUCCUCGUCCACAGCCAAAUCCUACCAUUCACAUCACUCGCAUUACGCUGAUCGGCGGGAGGACAGGGACGGCAGGGGCUACCGGCGCGACAGCUCAGGCUCCCGCUCAGGAGAUCACGGAAGGCAUCGGAACCACCAUCACUCCCACAAUCACCACAGCAGCGGCGGAGGUGGGUCGAGCCGGCGGAGGAGCAGCAGAGACCGGGAAUGGGAGCGAGACAGAGAAGGAGACUAUAACAGCUCCGAUCCACGUUAUGGAGGCCACUCGAACUCCAGCCAACACUCGUCCAAUAGCCUCUCCCCUCCCUCUGCCACCUCCUCUUAUGGAGGAAACUCGUCGUCUAAAGACCUGUCCCCCUACGACACACCUUCAUCCUCCCGGCUAGAGCCCUCGCCGGCUUUCCGUCCUCAGCAGGGUGCAGGCGAGAGGGGUUUUGGGAUGGGAGGAAGCAUGGAUAAUGACUACCGUGCUCAUUCUCACCACACGCCCCUGGCGCCACCACCUCCACCUCCUCCCCUCCCGCCAGCCUCUGUCAUCGCAGCCGCUGUGGCUGAAACGCUUGGCUCUCUUGAUUUUGGUCAGGACAGUCCCAUCCGAGAAGAACAGUGGACCAAACCCAAACGCUUUCCUAGCACCCCGCCCCAUCCACCUCGGACACCUCCGACCUCCUCGCCUCCUCACGUCUCAAUCCCGUCAUCCUCCACCUCUCCAUCCUCCACCUCCCUGCCUCACCACCUCCCCUCUUCGACAGCAUCCCUCUCUCCGCCUCCUCCACAGCGUGACUCGUCCCCGGAGCCUGACUCCACCAAUGAGAGCCUGCCGUUCAUGCACCACAGCAGCAGCUUGGACUCGCGUAUUGAGAUGUUGCUGAAGGAACAAAAAGCCAAGUUUUCUUUCCUGGCCUCAGAUGAUGAGGACGAUGAGAAGGAGGAGGACAGAGAGAGGGGAAAAACAGGCGAGAAUGCAGACAGUGGGGGAAAGAAACUCAAAGAGGAGAAUGGGGAAAGGCCUAGUCACAAGAGACAAGGAGAGACGGAGGGAGGCCAGCAGAGGAGGAGAGGAGAGAAAGAUGCACGCCGCAGCAGGGGCAAAAGGCAAGGGGGUGGAGUGGGUGAAGGCAGGAAAACACCUCCAGAGGUGGCCUCUUCCACUCCCACUACGCACAGUUUGGUGUCAGAGUCUCUUCAGGGCCAAAUGCCGCACCCUCAGGAGGAGCACACAACCUCUGACACACACAGGGCUCCACACACCCCACCCACCUACAAUGGAGAGGCACAGCCUUCUCCUCACUCCUCUGGGGAGGAUAUGGAAAUAUCCGAUGAAGAUGACAGUGCCAUCACCACAGUGACCCCCCAUCCUGCUGCCUCUUCAUCCUCCUCACCGGCCACCUCCUCGCAAUCUGCCCUCCCCUCCCAAACCCCAGACCCCUCUGCGAGUCCCGCCCCGGACACCAGCCAGCACUUCAGCGCCACCAUGCCACCUCCGCCCAUCCCGUCUUACCCUCCCCCCCUCCCCCCCCCACCUCUGCCCGGCUUCUCCCUGCAGCCCCCGCCACCCCCUGGCAUACCACCUCCGCUUCCUCACAUGGAGCUGCACCCAGAGUACCCUCCUCCGCUGCCUCAUCACAUGUACGACUACGCCAGCUCCAUGGAGCUCAUGAGCCAGUACUGCGGAGGAGCACCCAUGUCAUUCCAGAUGCAGACACACAUGCUCAGUCGCCUCCACCAAAUGCGAAUGGCCUCCUCCAACAGCUCUACGGCACCCCCUGGAGAAGUCCCGCCCGCCUCUGAAUAUCCCCCGUCAUUUCACCUCCAUUCAAUACCCCCUCCGCCGCACCACCCACACCACCCAUACAUGGACCAAGAUGGGAAUGUUGCCACCCACUAUGACCAGGACCACCGCUACAUCCCUCCUCACUUACCAUACGCCUACCCGGACCCUCACGCCGCACAGCUUCCACACCAUCACACCAUCCCGCCUCCCCACAGUCCCUGGCCUCCUCACCUACUGCCCCAACAGUUUCCUUCCCACUAUCCUCCGCCUGGCUUUGGCACGGUGCCUGGCGUAGACGGAGAGCUGUACGGAGCGGCGGGUGACCAGAUGGCCAUAAUGGGCCACAACCCCUACGAGGCCGUAGUGCAGCAGGUACUGGCAGCUUUGAUCGAGGAGAUGAAGAACAUCAUGCAGAGGGACCUGAACCGCAAGAUGGUGGAGAACAUCGCCUUUGGCACCUUCGACGAGUGGUGGGACCGCAAGGAACAGAAAGCCAAGCCAUUCCAGACAGCCAUGCGGGGAGUUGCAGUGGUGCGCGAGGAGGACAAGAAGGACGAGAAGACGAGCAACCGACCUCGGGAGCCGCUCAUGUCUCUGGUAGACUGGGCCAAGAGUGGAGGCAUGGAGGGUUUAUCCCUUCGGGGGGCCUUGCGUUUGCCUUCUUUUAAGGUGAAGAGGAAGGAGCCUCAGGAACUUGUGGAGGGUGGUGAGCUGAAGAGAGCCAGGCCUUCCACUCCACCCGAUGAGGAAGAUGAGGGUAUGUCUCUAAUGCUGUGGGCAAAUCUGCCGACACUGCUGUGCAGUGAAGAACAGAAGAGAGGCGUGUGGCAGAGAGAAGAGCAGCCAGGAGAAGAAGCAGAGCAAAGGCACGCAAACCAUAUGACCUGGACAGAACGCCCCCCACGGCCCGUCUGCCUCACUGUCCAGAAAACCUUUCCACUGGACCAUGCCUCCUUGGGUUCAAAGUUGGGGCCUACGAAGGACCCCAUCCCUACUCCAACCACGACGGAGAAUGGGUCGCGCACGUGGUCGCACUCGGGGGACACUCAGCCCAGUCGGCUUCCCUCCCCUCACCUGUCAUCCCGCUUUCUGGGAGGAAGAGGGGAGGAGGAUGAGAAGAGGGGAGCUGGAAAGAGGCAAGCGGCUGAAGACUCAGGGAAGCAGACUGGGAGUGUCCAGCCUGCUGCAGCUGGCCUCUGCCCCCCAAACCUGAUCUAUCUGAGGGGGGGCUGGCUGGGAUGUGGGCCCAACGGGGAAAAGAUGGGACCCGAAGGCAAGAAUAGCGACUCGGAGAGAAGAAAAAACAAAACGGAUACCUCCGAUGAGGCAGGGGAGCCAAGCUGGAGGGAAGAAAGAGGGAGGGGGACUUCUUCGCCCCCGCCCACCCACGCCAAAACCAACUCCCGGAUCCAGGAGGAGGCUCCUCUCCACAAAGAAACGAAACGGACCCCACGGUCCGCUCCCUGCCGACCCUCAACCAGCAUGUUGUAUCAGGGAAGCCCCGAAGAGGUCAGCGGGGAUUCUCUAAGCCGCAAGAGGAAGGCUCCAGACAUACGGGACUUGUUCCGGAUGGGCCCUGCUGUGUCUACGCCAGGACACAAUGAGACGCGACCAAGACCCUCGGCCCCAACACAUGAAGGAGAAGGAAUCGAUUAUCUAAACGAGAGUGGAGAUGAAGAGAGGUGGUGA